CAAACAAGGACCUAAUGCAACAAAAACAACUUCUAAUGCGCCUCCCCAACCUCUAUUAGGACAGGAUAACCAUCCCGUCCAUAAAGGUCGAGGAAAAUACAAAAGAAAUCGCAAUAAUAGAGGCUCUGAAGAACAAGAUGUAAAAAAACGCAUUGUUACCAAUGAUCCUAUCAUUGAUGAUGACACCUUUGUGGUUGAUACGAACACACCAUCGACUGUGAUCAAUGGUACUACAUAUCCCACUAAUUUUGAUCUAACCGAUACUCAAGCUAACAAAAAUGGCACUUUGGAUACACUUGAACCAGUUCUACGAAAAACUUUAAACCCCUCAAGGGGUCCCGGCUCUCCCCUGCCCAAAAAAAUGGGCAAGGGCCUGGAUCCCUUUGUUGUCCGGCUACCAACCGGCAACUAAGUAUCAUUAACUUAUCCUCUCAUCCAUUAACCCCUGAUGAGGAAACAGUUCUCUUACGUGGUCUCACUUUUUGCCCCGAACGCAAUUUUGAUCUUUUCGAGGCCAUUACUGAUCUUCACCUUUUUGCGCGCAAACUAACAUUGAGAAACCUUUAUUCUAAACAUAUUAAUUCAGAUACAACAGACUGGUCAGGUGUCUCUAUGAGAGAAUUUAAGGCAUUAAGGGACCUCACUCUGUUAUAUGAGGAAAACAACACGGUUGAUCUAAUUGACCUCAUUGAUUUAGAUACAUUAUUGGAGGAACCUCUUUUGGUGUCCGACAAUGCCCUCCAUAUGUUCAAACUUCCCUCUAAAAAAUUCCCUCCACUUGGCACUAACCCUAGCAUACUUACCUUUGUGCGACAAACAAUGCGAGACAUGUGUAAGCUUGCCACCACUCACUUACGCCCUAAAAAUCUCAGUCAAAAAGAAUUUAAGGCUCUCGAUUCUCUACGCAACAACAAACAAAUUAUUAUCAAACAAUCAGACAAAGGGGGAAAUGUUGUCUUGAUGGACAACCAAACCUACCUUGACAUGUGCCAAACUAUCUUAAAAAAUAAUGACUGGUAUUGUAAAAUAUCCAUAAACAAUAUCACUCGUUUCUAUAUUGAUUUCUAUAAAUUCGUUGAUCAGGCCUUUUCUCAAGGUGUUAUCUCUCUAGAUCUACGAGAUUUCAUCAGAACCAAGCACCCCAAAACGGCCACUUUUUAUAGCUUGCCCAAAGUUCACAAAAAUAAGACCCCCAUUCCUGGACGACCUAUAGUUUCCGGGAUCGGUUCGAUUUCCGAAAACCUCAGCCAAGUCAUAGAUGCGCACCUUCAACCCUAUGUCACAUCUCUUCCUUCUUUUACUAAGGACACCAUGCAUUUUUUGCAAACCAUUGAGGGAUGCAUGCUGUGUGAUCAAGCUUUCCUCGUCUCUAUUGACGUGGAAGCAUUAUAUAGCAGCAUCCCUCAUGAAAAGGGCCUCAGUGCUAUUGAGGAGGUCCUUACACGUGGACAUAUGUUUACUCCUGAUUUUAAUGAUUUUUUGAUUAAGGGUUUGAGAUAUAUCCUAUAUCACAACUUUUUCUCUUUUGAUCGCUCCCACUACCUCCAGGUGCAAGGCGUAGCGAUGGGGACAUGUUGUGCCCCAUCCUACGCCAAUCUGUACCUGGGGGAGUGGGAGCGAUCCCUCCCAGACGAUGAUAACCUCGUCGUGUACCUCCGCCACAUUAAACUGUGGCGGAGGUAUAUUGAUGACAUUUUCAUCGUCUGGGAUGGUCCCGAAGAGGACCUCCUUGCCUUCUUCAACGCAUUGAACAUCAACGACUUUAAUCUGACAUUCACUAUGAUACAUGACAAAAAUACUUUAACUUUCCUUGAUGUGAAAUUGUUCAUUGAUCCUGACAGAUACCUACGCAGUACUCUGUUUCGGAAAGCUACAGCAGGCAAUACCAUCUUACACUUUGACAGCCACCAUCCAAUUCCCUUAAAAAGUUCCAUCCCUUAUGGGCAAUAUUUGCGGCUCCGCCGCAAUUGCUCAACAGACUCGCUCUUCAGGGAGGAGGCAGACCAACUCCAGACUAGACUUCUAACCAGAGGAUAUAGUAGAAAAUGCCUGCGCAGGGCCUAUAACCGAUCCUCUACUCAAUUAAGAAAUGAUCUCUUAUCGAAAAAGAAAACUAUAACUGACUUCAAAUCCGAGACCACUAGACCAGUCUUCCGCUACUCUUUGCAACACAAAGCGAUAAAAGACAUAAUACAGAAACACUGGACAAUCUUAACCGAUGACCCUAAAAUUAAUCCCUUCAUUACUACACAUCCCUCCAUUAUACAUAGGCGGGCCAUGUCUAUUAGGGAUUCUUUAGUGUCUAGUGAGUUCAAGGAUACUACAAAUGAGAAACUACGGUGUUCCCUACCUGGUACCUUCCAGUGUGGACACUGCUCAUGCUGUUACCUAAUAAGAAGAGAAAAAACCUUUAGCCUCCCAAAUGGCGAGACUUUCAAGCCCAAAUAUUUUGUGAAUUGCCGCACACGCGGAGUGGUGUAUCUCAUGGAGUGCGAGUGUGGGGCCUAUUACAUAGGUAAAACUAAACAGGAAUUCCAAAAACGAAUCUCCAAACACAAGUAUAGUAUGACCAUUGGGAACAUUUACCUCCCCAUAGGGAGGCAUGUUGCCCUCUCUCAUAACUAUCGUGUACCACACGUAAGUUUUGCCGCCCUCGAUCAUGUUCUUGUUCCAGAUCGGGGAGGCGACUGGAAUAAAACCUUACUACAGCGCGAACAGAAAUGGAUAUUCAGGCUGGGGGCUACUCAGCAACCAGGCCUGAAUGAUGCCCUUUCAUUCGCCCCCUUUUUAAAGGGUUUCACCUCGGGAAAAACCCAAUAAAAUUGUUCUAUGUAUAUAUUAUACUCUUGACUAAAUACCAACACAUGUCACGUCCAUGGCACCACUAGCAGAAUUAAUAUAUGGCCAAUAUCCAUAUAUCUGGAUGCUUCUGUUCCAAAUACAUAAAAAAAAAAAAAAAAAAAAAAAAAAAAUUUGGUACAAUCAAUAUUAUUAUUACUUUGUAUAUUUUCUCUUAUCCCAAAAAACUCCAAAUAGCCACUCGGAACAUCUCUAUAUCCCUAUAUCCCCCUCUAAGUAUCACAGUCCAUAGUUAGACAAUUCAACAUAUGCUUACCCACCCACAGUGGCAAUGCCAGAUGUUCAUGAUAAAACUCCAAAAAAUAAGCAUAUAUGGUCUAUGCAUAAAUCUUUUGACAUCCACUGCUCAUGAUCAAUGCUGUGACUGUAAUAUAAUCAUGUAUGUAAUCUCUGCUGUGACGGGCAUAAAUGUUUAUUUUCAGCAGAAUUUAUUUCUAUAUCUAUAAAUAAGUACUUUAUUAAUAUAUAUUUUUUCUUCCUAUAGGACCCUGUCAUGUCUCCACCGGGUGGUUUUUCCCUCUUGAGUGCCUCUACAAUUUGCUACCUUUGUGGUCUCUCAGUGGGGAGGGGGAGACGCAGGGCCCUGUGUUCUCUUCUUCCUCCACAAGAUGGUGCUCACUGCGCCAUGAUGGAGGUGUUUCCUCCCCACUGACGGCGUCAGCGACGCUCCCUGGAGCCGUGGACGCCCCGUGCGCGCGCGCAGUGCGCGCGCACGUGACGUCACUGCGGCGCUCGCGAUCG